GACAUUUUGAUUAUCUCCCUUAUUUUGUGCUUCACAGACUGACGAAUCUAGCUACUUACUUCACUACAAGUAUAUUUUGAUUCCGAACGGAUUAACCAAAAUGAAUUGGGGUGAUGCUCAAACGUCAAAUCUUGUUAAAAUAUUGUAAUUAAAUGUGAUUCUAGCAUCAGAGGUCUUGUUCAAGAAGAAAGUGUUACUUGCAAAUUCAGUCUGGCAUUGGUUGCUUUUACAAUUGCACAGGUAUAAUAAUGGAGUGCAGUGAUGUUACCUGAUGUUAAGUAAUUAUAUAUUAAACUUGAUAAUGUUACGUAAACCAGAUGCACGUUAGAUUUCAAUAUAAACAAGUAGAUCUUUCAAACUUGCACGCCAUGGAUCAAGCUGAUAGUGAAGAACGUUAAGCGUUUUCAUUUUUUUAUACGUUUUAAAACAGUUAACGAUUAAUUUAUUGGAAUAAGUGUUGUUUAUAGAACAAGUGUAAAAAAUGGCCUGGAUUAUUGACUUGAGGAAAAGGAGAGCUUUCUGAGAUGUAAGGGAAUGGACGUACCAUCGAUCCAAGAACACUCGUUUCCCUCUCAACACUACCAACUGGCUUUGGAAUACCCAGUAACUACAACUAGUUUACCCAACAGUUUACCGGAAGUUAUAGAAGUUCCGGAGUUGGAAAGGCCACCGGAACAACCAAUUGAAGUGAUCUCAAUAUAUCCACCGGCUUCGGCGGUGGGAGAUAAGCCAUUUAAAACUAAAAAUGGCCAUGGAACUAUAUUUCACCAUAAUGCAAAUGGUGAUCUGUCGAUGUCUUCGAUAGAAACUUCACCAAAGAAGAUAAAUGGUGACGUGUCAAAAGAGAGCUCCCCAAAGCGGGACUCUUUAAGUAGUAGCAAAACUAGCAAGGACAAUUCGCCAAAAAGGGAAAGUAGAGCUAAACUACUUUCGAAAAGUAUUCAAAAAUCGUUUUCGACGUUUGGAUUAUAUACCAAGCGGAAACAUGAGUCCUCUAAAAAGGACUUUAAAGAAUUCAUACCGAUGCAAGAAACACAUUCCAAACCCAUUCUGAACAAUGCUAAAGUUAUUGUGUGUAAUGGUAGCAUUCAAAAACCUCCCGCUGACGGUCAUCGGACCCCCUCCCGUUCAUCCUCACCUCAACCAGGACCUAGUGGUAACGGUGUUCGUAACCCUUCAAAACCAAAACGUGGCCCAGGAUGUCGCUAUGAAUUAGUUAACAGAUGCAGUAGUCCAGAAGUCGAAAGAUGUGAAAUUACUGUGGAACCGACAGACCUGGAGCAGACAGAUGCCCACGAUGGUAGACUGAUACAUAAUGAAAAGGAACAAGCAUCAUUACGCGAGGCCGCAGACCGAGGGACAAAAUUCAUUGCUGUUAUCGUGAUCCUAUUGUUUAUAACAUUGGUUGUGCUGUUACUAACUUUUGCAUGAUCACACAAGUAUAUUGAUAGCAUUUUGUUACAUUAAAUAAAUUAUUAUAUAGAUUCAA